AUGGCCGAGAACCUGAAACGUUGCAAGCUAUUCCCCGACAUCCCCCCGGAGCUGUGGUAUCUGGUUGCAGGCCACCUUGCGUCUUACGUGAAAGUUGAUGGGAACAUCUACGUUAGGAGCUUGUACAACUCGCCGGUGGGUACGUCUAGCAGCGACACGCGUCUCUUUUUUCCGACAAAGGAGGACUCGAAAACCGCAGGCGUGGAGGUCUGGGUCUCUGAAGACCAUCAACGCAUCCGCCGCGUCGUUUUCCUCGCGCCUGGCGCUCUUCAGAUUUGGUGCAACGAACAGAGACCAGUACCAGGGGUUUGGUGGCGCAAGGUUCCGCUGGCAGACGUGCGUUCUACCGUCAAGAUUCAAACCGAUGGACUCAAGGUUCGCCACAUAGAAGGCUUGCCUAGGAACCUAUCGAGCGAUCCUUUAUCGCAGUUACUUUGGGAGACCCCACCGGCGUCUCCCCCUGAUCUGGCACCCAUCGUUACUAUUGGCAUUUCAUCCGUUCCUCCUCCCAGAAGUCGCAUGAAAUCCUUCGACUGCAAUCACCCGGACGCAAUCGGCUACUUGGUAGCGUGUUGCGGCGAUCGCAUAUUUGACAUUGUCACCCACAAGCGAGAAGAGAAAGACUUUUCGCGCCUUUAUGAAAAUGCACCGGACUGGGCUACUCACUGGAUGUAUAUGCCUCUAGAUGAGGGCGAGUUCAUCACUCAUAUUGCCAGUCAACUCCGCCACUAUUUCAACCUGCGGUGGCUUGAGAUUGGACUGAGCGUAAGACGCCAAUUCCUACUCACAUCCCACAAGCAUCGCCACGGAACUAACGUUACAAAGUUCAUAACAAACAAAGGCCGGGUGAUAGGUUUUGGGUGGCAUGCCAAAACCACGGACAGGAUCUUGACUGUCCCGCGGGACAAGACCAGGGUCUAUUUCAAUUCAUGGGACCAUCCCGAUGGCCAAGCCGGGGUACAUCACCUCGCUCUUGAGAAGUCUUACGACAACAAUGACGUUGCCCCCAUUACACUGAAGCUACCGACCGCCGUCGAAAAAGUCCCCGCUCAAACGAGUCCUGGCACUUUGAGACGCACGGCUUGUUCGUUGGACGGCAUCUCCGAAAUCCAGCCCUGCAUUCGACAAGCCGCGAUCUCCCACGUGAUUGGUAUCAAGGUCAAUUAUAUCAACGGUCAUCGUGAAUGCCUUGGGCAGUUUCUUCUCGACUUAGCCGCUGAAGCAAUCUCCACGUGCGGAAGUGAUACCCUGUUUGUGCGUUAUGCGAGGUUCACCUCGAAUAUUCUUGGCAUCACCGCAAUCACAUUGCAAGAUCCUGGCGAAUCAGGCGGUGCGUGA